UUUAAUCUCCAGGAGCUUUGCUUACUUAUUCUCUCUAAUCACCAGUCCAUCAGUUCAUCGAUUAAUCUCUCUUCUCCCUUACUCUGCUAACUUUUAUCUUCUUAAUUGUACGAAAACCAAACUUUGGUCUUGGAGCUAUGCUGACGAUUUUCUCUGCCUCCUCUCUUGCCAUCAAACGCUCCAUUCCUAGUAUUCUGGCUCUCAACAAAGCUGCUUUUCCAGGUGCAGCAUUUCCCAGGCAGAUAGGGACUAACUAUGGGCAUGAGAAGCAAAAGCAAACACUCAGUUAUUCUUUUAAACCCCUCCAGCACCAUAAUAGGGUGCAAAACAUACAUACUUCGACGCACACUAUUACAGUCUACGUGAAAGACAAAAAGAUAUUAGUUGAAUUUCCAACAUUUCAUAGAGACGGUACUCAAACUCGUGUAGUUACACAUGGCAAAUACAAGAAGCUUGAUAAUGGUAUAUACUACAAGGAUAUUUGUACCGGUACUGGUCCACACCCAAAGAACGAUAAAGGGGAUGCUUUUACUUCAUUUCAUGCUGGAAUAGAAUAUGUCAUCUAUGAUGAGUCGGGCAAUCGUUUAGAAUGUGAGAAUCGAGCCCAAAUCAAAAUGGGAAAGAAGGAAUUUGGUCCAGGAUUAGACAAAGCCAUUCAACACAUGAGAUUAGGAGGAAGAAGAAUGAUAGUUAUUCCUCCGACUCUGGCUAAGAAUGCAGAGGAAAAAGAGUACAGAAUUUAUGAUGUGACACUUUGUAGUAUUCGUAUUAAGUCAUUGUUAAAAGGACAAAACUUUGUACGCGUAGGGAGGAUGAGAUUUUCUGAAGCCCCCAGUGGAAAUCAGAAGCAAGGAUCGGAAAAUGAAGAAAUAAAAUCUUCUACUGUGUAAUCCUAAUUCGCCAAAAAAUAAAAAAUAAAAAAAUCCUAAUUAGUUGUUUCCUAAAAAUCUUCCUUCUUUAAACGAA